AGUGAAAAUAAACGAGUUCCUCUCGCUCUCUCUAUCGCCGUGCUGCAGCAGAAAACGAUUUUCAGUGGGUGAGAUUGUCUCGUUUGGCCAAGAUGGCAGACGAAUGCGAGAUGCAAGCGCCGAGCUAUUUCCAAAUAGCCCGCAUAAGGAAAGGGGCUUUGAAGAAAAAGAACGUUUCAGUUAUAAAAAAUCACAAAUUUAUACCGAGGUUCUUCAAGCAGCCGACGUUCUGCUCUCACUGCAAAGAUUUUAUCUGGGGUUUCGGCAAACAAGGUUACCAGUGCCAAAUUUGUAGUUUUGUGGUUCAUAAAAGAUGCCACGAAUUCGUCACAUUCACAUGCCCAGGAGCCGACAAAGGUGUCGAUUCAGACGACUUGAGGACCAGGCAUCAUUUCCAAAUUCACACAUACACAAGUCCCGCAUUUUGUGAUCAUUGCGGAUCUCUGCUGUAUGGAAUUAUACAUCAGGGACUCAAAUGCAAAGCAUGUGAUAUGAAUGUCCACAAAAAAUGCCAAGUGAGUGUACCGAACCUGUGCGGUUGUGACCACACCGAGAGGAGAGGCAGAAUUGAACUGAGGGUUGAAGCAGACUCUAACAAACUGAUAUGUCAAGUUCGGCAGGCUAAAAAUCUCAUUCCAAUGGAUCCCAACGGUCUUUCGGAUCCCUACGUGAAACUGAAGCUCAUACCUGAUGAACGAAAUUCUCAAAAAAAGAAAACUAAAACCAUUAAAGCUAAUUUAAAUCCUCAAUGGAUGGAAACGAUGUCACUAGAUCUGAAAGCAGAAGAUAGAGAUCGAAGACUGCUAGUUGAAGUGUGGGAUUGGGAUCGAACAUCUCGUAACGAUUUUAUGGGAUCAUUAUCGUUUGGAAUAUCUGAAAUCAUGAAAAAUCCCGUUGAUGGUUGGUUCAAACUACUCACCGCGGAAGAAGGAGAAUUUUACAAUGUUCCUGUACCUCCGGAAGGGGCAGCUAUUGCUGAACUUCAGAAUAAAAUGAAGUGUCGGCUCUCACUCAGUCAACGGCCAUCCUACGAAAACGAAAGUAUUCCUCAAAAUGUUAGUUCCAAGGAUGUUAUAAAGUCCUCUGAUUUUAAUUUUCUAAUGGUAUUAGGGAAAGGAAGCUUCGGAAAAGUUAUGCUGGCGGAAAGAAAAGGAACGGAUGAAUUAUACGCCAUAAAAAUUCUAAAAAAAGAUGUUAUCAUUCAAGACGAUGACGUAGAGUGCGCUAUGAUCGAGAAGAGAGUGUUAGCGUUAUCAAAUAAACCUCCAUUCCUUGUGCAUUUACAUUCCUGUUUUCAAACUACAGAUAGACUGUAUUUUGUUAUGGAAUUCAUAAAUGGUGGUGAUUUAAUGUUUCAGAUACAAAAAUGUGCCAAAUUCAAAGAACCAGUUGCCACGUUUUAUGCGGCAGAAAUAGCUAUAGGUUUGUUUUUUCUACAUAACAGAGGUAUUAUUUAUAGAGAUUUAAAGUUAGACAAUGUUCUAUUAGAUCAAGAUGGUCAUAUCAAAAUUGCAGAUUUCGGAAUGUGUAAAGAAGGAGUAUUUGGAAAUAAGCUCGCUAAAACCUUUUGUGGAACGCCAGAUUACAUAGCUCCUGAGAUUAUCUUAUAUCAACCUUAUGGAAAAUCUGUAGAUUGGUGGGCGUUUGGAGUGUUAUUAUAUGAAAUGUUAGUUGGACAGCCACCAUUUGAUGGAGAAGAUGAAGAGGAGUUAUUCUCAUCCAUUACUGAUCAUAAUGUUUCUUAUCCCAAGUCCCUCUCAAAGGAAGCUAAGGAAGCGUUGAAAGGUCUCCUGACGAAAAAUCCGGAGAAGCGCCUUGGCAGUGGCCUAAAAGGUGAAGAAGACAUUCGAAUACAUCCGUUCUUUAGAAGAAUCAUUUGGGAGAAAAUAGAGAACAAAGAAGUUCAACCCCCUUUUAAGCCAAAAAUUAACCAUUCUCAAGAUGUUAGCAAUUUUGAUAGACAGUUCACUGCCAGCAAGCCUGAUCUCACUCCUUCGGACAAAUUAGUCAUUAUGAACAUGGAUCAGAAUGUGUUCAACGCCUUUUCUUACUUCAAUCCUGAGUUCGUGACACAUGUUUAGUUUCUAAAACAUGUUUUAAAAAAAAUUGACACGCAGCUCUCUCUCUCUCCCUCUCUCUCUUUUCUCUAUAUACAUUUUCAAGGGGGAAAUUAGGUAAAACAUAAAAGGAAAA